AUGGCGUCUUCUUCUUCUUCCUCCUCCUCCUCCUCCGCCUCUGACGGCAUGGUUAUGCUUCUUCCGGUGCUGUUGUUUGCGGUGGUGUUGGUGGAUUCGUCUCAGGGUUAUGUUUUCUUCGCCGGAGGCAGAGAUGGAUGGGUGCUGAAUCCCUCUGAGAGCUACGGCCAUUGGGCCGAGAGGAAUCGGUUUCAAGUCAACGAUUCCAUCGUGUUUAGGUACGAGAAAGGGGAGGACUCUGUUUUGGUGGUGGCGAAGAAAGAUUUUGAUUCGUGCAACCUGAGCCACCCGAACCGGCGGUUCGCCGACGGCGACUCCCGGUUCGAGUUCGAGCGGUCAGGGUGGUUCUUCUUCGUCAGCGGCGCGCCGGGGAGGUGCGAGGCUGGGCAGAAGCUGGUGGUGGUAGUCAUGGCCGUGCGCCGCCCUCGCUGGCCGCCUGUCUCUGCCCCGCCCUCCCUCUCUCCAACGCCUGUCCUUCCCCCGGCUGCGUCGCCGCCGUCUGAAACUUCCGACCCUGCUACUCCACCGGCGUCAGCUCCGUCGCCUUCACCGAAGGCCAGCGCUCGGCCUCCUGCCUUCCCUCCAAUUCCAACCGGAGAGACCUCAGUUCCGGUGCUGUCGCCGGCGCCUGGUCCAUCCGAGUCAGCAGCAACCGCCGGCGCCGGUGAUCACUCGGGGAAAUGGAUGCUUAGAAUUGCAACGCUGGUCGUAGGAAUCAUGAUCUUUAUUUAA